AAUCAGGACAUGAUCCCUAACCAGGUUGAUCACGAGUAUGACUUUGGGAGUUGGAAAGGAUAUGCAGGACAAUUUUCUUUAGAUUUGCUGAAAGAGCUUGAAUCACAUAAUGAUGUUGAGUAUAUUGAGGAGGACACGAUGGUAUGGGCAUGGGGAAUGGAGAGCGAGUCGGCACCAAGUUGGGGCCUCACCAGGAUCUCACAGAGAAUAUUGGAUCUGAAAAAGGACUAUAGUUACGCUUCAACCGCUGGUGCUGGCGUAGAUGUUUAUGUCAUUGACUCUGGAGUUUACAAAGAUCAUUCAGAUUUUGAGAGCCGUGCCACCAGUCUUGCUAACUUUGUUGCUGGUGAAGAAGAAACUGAUACGUGCGGUCAUGGUACACAUGUUGCUGGAAUUAUUGCAGGCCGUCAAUUUGGAGUAGCCAAGGCAGCAAACAUUUAUGCGAUCAAAGUACUUAAUUCCUCAGGCCAAGGAUCAACGUCUCAAGUCCUUGCUGGUAUCAACCACAUGGUUCGUCAUGCGAGCAAGGAUCCCAGCCGUAAGAAGGUCGUCAACAUGUCAUUAGGUGGAACGUAUUCAAAGACUCUGAAUGAGGCUGUUAGUGCUGCGGUUUUGGAACACAAUCUCCCUUUCUUUGUGGCUGCAGGCAACACUGGGGAUGAUGCAUGUCGGUAUUCGCCUGCGGCUGCACCCGAGGCUUUUCCAGUUGGGGGAUCUGAUAAUACUGAUCAGAUAGGAUGGUACAGUUGUGUAGGUCCAUGUGUCAAAAUCUUUGCUCCCGGAUCUGGCAUCGUUUCAGACUGGAAUCGCCCUGGAUCUGCGAAAAUUAUGGAUGGAACUAGUAUGGCAGCGCCACAUGUGGCAGGUGUGGCAGCGCUGUUUUUGAGCUCAGGAAAUAAGUAUACGAAAGCCAAGGAUUUAUAUGCGGAUAUACUCCGUUAUGCCACUCCAAAAAUUAUUAGAGGCCCGUUUGGGGCUGACGAUAGGACGACUCAAAGCCUAUUGUAUAACAAGAUGGAGGAUGUUGUUAAGGGUGCACGCAAAGGUGCGCGCAAAGGCAGGAAGAACAAACAUUAGGGACAGAAUUGGGAGGAUAGGAAAGGAGAG